GAACCACUACCCUCAAGGACUUUGGUCACCUUCUGACUCAUUAGCAAAUAUACAAUGAGUUACGUCGCCAAAGGAGAAAAAGAAUAUGAUGCUACCGGUGCCCCAGUGCCCGCCGCUAGACUCCACAAAAUCAGGAUCACUUUGACGAGUAGCAACGUCAAGAACUUGGAGAAGUUCUCGACGGACUUCAUCAACCGUGCAAAGGAGAAGCAGCUCCGUGUCAAGGGCCCUGUUCGCCUCCCCACGAAGGUAUUGAAAAUCACCACUCGUAAGACGCCCUGUGGUGAAGGAUCCAAGACUUGGGACCGAUACGAGUUGAAGGUUCACAAGCGUCUCAUCGACUUGCACUCGCCGAGCGAGAUCGUUAAGCAGAUUACUUCUAUCAGUUUGGAGCCUGGCGUGGAAGUCGAGGUUACUAUCUCUGCAUGACAUAAUUUUGUACUCUUACACACUCCCAAUAUACUCUGAACAUCCC